UGUGUGACGAUUUUGGAGGCUUCGAAAGGUGACUGUCGAGGGUAACUGGGCCUAAACGUACUCGUGCUGAUAGCAACAGUACUCCAAAACGUGUUAAAAUGACCGAAGAGCAGACAACAAUUGAAACACCACAAACAAUGGAGUUAUCAUCUAAUGACAUUGAAAAAAUAGAAGAAGCUAAGUUGAAAGCAAAAUUUCCAAAUACCAUGAGUCGUCCCAUUAGUGGACAUUCAGCUUUUUUACAAAAAAGGCUAGCGAAAGGACAAAAAUACUUCGAUUCUGGUGAUUAUCAAAUGGCCAAACAAAAAUCAACUGCAAAACCAAAACCAACAGGAGUUUUGCCCACUGGUGAUGCUAUUCCUACCCCAGAAAGCGUACCUCAACGCAAAACUUCUAUCAUUCAGCAAAAAUUUAAUACAUCAACUAGCUCGUAAGAAAAUCCUCUUCAUCAUCAUUAGCUUACAGUCAUUAUUGUAAGUUAUUUAAUUAAAAAAACCAGAAAAAUCGUCCGAAAAUGCUUAAAAACUUACAAGUUAUCUGAAUAGUUUAACAAAAUUAACAUUAGGACAUUUUUUGUGAUUAAUCUUCCCUUUAUGGGUAAAAAAAAAAUGAAAAAAAAAAAUAUAAUUUAUAUUAUUUUCCAUAGAUACAAAUGAACUCCAUGUUCUAAAGCACUUAAUAUUCAUACUCUUAUGCGUUGAUAGUUUUUUUAUAUGUAAAGUGUCAUUUUUGAAACUACAUCAAGUUAAGUUUUUGCAUGAUAAGAUUCUGAUAUAGAGAUUAUUAACCAAGUAAUUAAGAUUCAGAAAGAUAGAAAGUAUUUUUGAAACUGAUCCAUCGUAUACUUAUAUCAAUAUGAUAACAGAAAACAACUUUUAUUACUGUUUGAAUAAAGAAUCAUUGAAUUCAUUAGAAAGCAUAGUAAAUAGUGCUAAUAAAUAACAAAGUAAUCAUUGAAUCAAUAAUUAUACAUACUAGAGACGCAAAGAAUCGAAAUGAUUUUAUGGAUCUGCAUUUUUUGAACCGCUGUGAUGUGCUUAGUAAGACUAUUUUCUUAUAAAAAUUAAAUCGUUCAUCAGAUUGUUGAAUAAAUCUGUUUUAUGCAGCCUUGUUAAAUCAACUGAAGUGUUUGGGCAUCUCAAAGAUUCCAAUAUUAUAAACUAUGUAAACAAUUAGUAAUAUAAUGGUUCUAUAUAAAUAAAUAAAUAGUCUGUCUUUUCUUAA